AUCAAACAAAACAUCCGCAGCUAGCUGCUGAACUGACGCGUCAAAUUUGAAUCGUGCCAAAAUUUAGUGAAAAUUUCGCCGUAUGUGACGAUGGCUUUAUUCUGAUUAAGGAGAAAGUAAGCUCAAAUUGACACCCACAUUCUGGAGCCUACUGCGUGGACCUCUACUAGUACAUUUUAACAUCGUUUGGGCAGUGCCUACGAUAAACCACGUACAUCGACCCAAACUGACUUUCGGGAAGUGAUUUAUUAAUAACCAUUUGCUGUUCAUCAUGCCUCUCAAUUCGAAAAGAAAUGGAGUAGUUACAGCCCAGAUUCGAGAGGACAAAGUUCCAAUGAUUACCAGGGCCAAGAGGAAGUCAAAUGAAGUGAUUGGAAUACAGGGACCGAGUAAGAAGAGAGCGGCGUUUGGUGACAUCACAAAUGCCUUCACCAGUAAAAAUAUUUUAGGGCAGCCCAAGAAAGGAUUAGUGAAGAAGCCUCCUGUAAAAUCCUCGAUUCCGAUCAAGGCCGUGUCAAAGGUCAAGGAGAAUGUUACUAAAGACCAUAGGGUACCUCCAUUGGAAACAGAGAAAGCUUUGACGACCAUCUUGCCAGAAAUCCAACCAAGUACAAGUGCCAAGGGUAAUGAAAUGGUCGAAUCAAUGAACAAGAAGAAUCUGGUUUCAUCUCCCAGUGUUGAGAUCAAAGAUGCAGUUGCAGCUAUCUCACUGGAAUCUGAUGAGGUAGAGGAAGAACGGGUUCUAUCAGAGGAAGAGACGGAAGAGAUUGAGGAGUACACAGACAUUGAUGCAGAGAACUUGGGUGAUCCUAACCUGGCUCCGAAUUAUGCUGCAGACAUUUUCAAAUACCUCAAAGAAAAGGAGGAAUCAAGUCAGAUCGAUGACUACUUCAGUAGACAGAAGGAUAUCACCCGUCACAUGAGGUCUGUCUUGGUUGAUUGGCUUGUUGAGGUCCAGGAGAACUUUGAACUCAAUCACGAAACGCUCUACCUGGCAGUCAAACUCACAGACAUGUACCUCGCAAAGUGCAAGAUUGCCAAGGACCUACUGCAGCUCCUAGGAGCAACCUCGCUUUUCAUUGCCUGCAAAUUUGAUGAGCGUAUACCACCAGCCCUUGAUGACUUCCUGUACAUCUGUGACGAUGCAUACUCUAGGACGCAGUUCACCGAUAUGGAGAGGAAGGUACUAAGGGUUGUCAACUUCUCUCUUGGUGUCCCGCUCUCCUACAGAUUCCUCAGAAGAUAUGCAAAGUGUGCCCAUGCCACCCUGGAGACGCUUACCCUAGCUAGGUUCAUCCUAGAACUCUCAUUGAUGGAGAGUACAUUCAUUACCAUGGCUGAUUCCCUUAUAGCAUCCUCUGCUCUCCUUCUAGCUUUCAGGAUGAAAAGCAAUGGCACUUGGGAUGCUACACUGAGACACUAUUCAGGUUACAAGGAAGAAGAUUUGAAGCAAUGCAUGUACCAGCUUAACUCAAUGCUAAACAGAGAACCAAACAAACAACUUGCCACUGUCAGGAACAAGUACUCUCAUCCAUUGUUCUAUGAGGUAGCCAAGAUCCCAUGCAUCGACCCAUUGGAGUUAUGAUGCAGUACCUAACUCACCAUCACCGUUGUCUAUCAGGAAUCGCCACCACCAUUCAGGUCAUCCAUGGUCAUCGAAUGUCCAAGAAAAGCCUUCGCUAUCAAGCCUUGGUCAGCGAGACAUGAAGAAAAUACUCUCGUUUGCCAAAUCAUAUCAUCGGAUUACAAUUCAUGUUCAGGGGCAUAUCCAGCCGGAGUACUAAGACAGCACUUUUGAGAUUGUACAUAAACGAUACUGGCCCUCAAAGUGGUAUUGUAUCUAACUUGGCUGGAUGUACCACUGAUCCAGUCAAUCCAUCUUUGAUGUACUGUUACCAAUUCAAGGACCCUACACAUCUCUGUAAUUUAGGCCCUGGGUUUGUAUCAUUGCGGAGAGGUGUACUUGUGUAGUCUUUGCUAGGCAUCAUAUAGUGCUGAGAUUUGGCCAUUAUGAAUUUUCUUUUUAUUACUUCUUUGCCUUACCUCUACCUUUUUUUGUCAUUGGUGAAGAUGGUGCUAGAAAAUUCAGCCUUUUUCGCAACUUUUUUCAACCUGCUGUCCAAACAAGCAAGGGACUUCAAAUCGUUUUGUAGUGAUAAUAAAGUUUUACUGGGUAGUCUUGUGUCAAACCAAAGAAAAUGGGUGAAUUAGAGGUGAAACUGUUGUGCCGUAUAGGAUGCAAAGAUGUCCCGUACAACACACAACAUUUUCGCCUCUAAUUUAACCACGGACGAGAUAUUUUUUUGGUUUGCCACUUUUUCACAAGACUAUCCAGUUGUGCUCUAUUAUAACCACAAAACAAUUGAAGUUCCUUGUGUGUUUGGACCGCAGGUUGAAAGAUGAUGUUAAAAUGGCUAAUUUUUCUAGCGUGGAUAUGGAAUGGAACCUUUGUUGAAUGGAAUCUCUUUAAUAUAUCAUUGUCUGGCUGGUAGAAGGACAUUGGGACUUGCCCCUACAUCAAUCUGUUAGUCAGACAGAAGGAUGUUAUCUCCCCUGCACUAGCUGCACUAUUUGUGCAGCGUGCGCUUGAGUUAACGCCCCUAUGCCAGAUGCACAUGCCGCAACAUCAUCGCACAUGUGCCACAGCCAGGCAACGAUAUCUUAUUAAAAUCAUGGUAUUUGACCAUGUUUGAGAAGGGUUUUCAUUGAUAGUAUCUGUCAUUCCUAGUUAAGACGAAUAUCAUGUGUCAAUUUGGUAUUCAGUCUGUUGGCGCACUAAUUCAAUACUGCCCCUGCAGUGUGUGGAGAGUCCUGAAAAUACAUUGUACAUGGAUGAUGAUUGGGAUUUUAUCUAGAAAUGUUUUUAAACACAAUAACAGCUCGGAGAAAGCUAGGGUUUAGAGUUUGGGACACACGUGGCAACAUUCUUUUGCCCGGAAAGAGUUCUCUGCAGGAAUUGGGUAACACACUGAAGCUGCCACCAUUGUCACAUUAACAGCCCUUUCUGAGCUGCUCAAAAUAAAAAUGUUCAAACAAACAAAAAACUGGAAAAAAAUGUUCAAAUUUUGAGAUACAAGGUCCAUUUUCAUAUUUACAGCCCUUCCUGAGCUGCCAUCAAAAUGUUCAAACUAAAAAAAAAGACCUGAAA